AUGGAUGGCGACAUGAUUCGCGUCUGGCACAUGGUGCAGGAGCUCAGUGAACAACUAGCUCAUAACCAGAAGCUCAUUGCAACGCUUCAAUCGCAAGCCAAUUCCUUAAAGGAUCAGGCCAUUCAUAAUGGCUCGGGGUACGCUCUGCGAAGAUUCAAUGUCGACCUUUCGCAAGAGGUGUUCGACUCGGAACUUGAACGAACAAACGCUCAGAUGAUUAUCGAGAACCAGACGCUGAAUCACGAGAAUAGGCAGUUGGGUAUGUUGCUGAAGGAGUAUGAGCAGACGUUGGAGACGGUCAUGUCGAAGUUCCGGAGUCAUGCACUUGCGGCUCAGCAACAUGAGUUGACGAUGACACGACAUUAUGAGUCGCUAUUAGUAGCUCGCGAAUCAAGUUCAAUGAACUCGGAGCUAUCAAACAGCACUCAAACGAACGCCUCUUUGCAACGACUGGCUCAAAGUCUGAGAUUGCUUCUACGUUCUCUUGCAGGAGAGGACACCGAAUCUGCUGAAUCGUCAAAAGAGGGAGAUGAGAGGCCUUUGGAGGAAUUGGCAGAGCUUAUUGAAGACGAUGAACGGCAGGACUGGGCUGUGGAACGCGAAGCCGAGAUCGCUCGCCUUGAAAAGGAGAAUGACGAGCUACGAAGAAUGCUGGGUAUUGAUUCCGAGAAUGCCCAACGGAUGGGAUGGGGCGACGAAAGUCCAGAUCAUCGACCGAUAUUGCAUAUAUUAAAGGCGACUAUGGCAAAUGCAAGUCCUCAGGAGGGAUGGGGACAGCGAAGUCCGCCACAGAUGCAACCAUUCAAUGCAGGUCCUGUUCCAGGGAACGCCGCACCCGUUUCUCAGCAGACAAUCCCGUUACAACGAACUAUUGAAUUUCAACCUGGUAUGCGAGCGGCAGGGACCCUGCGACGGCCUUCAAUGCUGAGAGGAAGAGGCUCUGCACCGUUCUGGAAUCAGUCUGCUCCUGCGGAUCGGAAUUGGCUGCAGGGUGGUGGUGGACUCGACCUUGCAGGGUAG